AUGUCCUAUUUCCUGAUACUUGCCGGCAAUGUGACAAUAUCAGCAUUAAUCUUUGUUGACAGACAUCUUCGUGCACCAAUGUACUUCUUAAUUGGCUUGUUGUCCUUCCUUGAGAUUUGGUACACAGCAGUCACAAUUCCUUGUAUGCUUACCAUCAUUUGGAAGGGUAAGACCCAAAUUUCAUUCAGUAAUUGUAUGAUGCAAAUGUACCUCUUUCACUCCUUUGGUAUUACAGAGAAUUUUUUACUUAAUUUAAUGGCUUAUGACCGUAUGGUUGCAAUUUGCAAUCCUCUUCGUUACCAUAAUCUAAUGACUUUAAAGCGUUGCAAGACUUUGGCCUCAAGUUGUUGGGUUCUUGGAUUUUUGAGUCCUGUAACACUUCUUCUUUCAGUCUUACAGUUACCAUUUUGUGGUCCAAAUGAAAUAAAUCAUCUCUUCUGCGAUUCGUCUCCUCUUCUGAACCUGGUGUGCGCAGAUACAGCCUUUAAUUUCAUCAUCGAUUUUGCUAUUAGCCUGUGCAUGAUAAUCUUGACUUCUCUUUUCCUUAUUGUGACUUAUGUGAGAAUUAUAUUCACCAUACUGAAAAUGAAGUCUAGCGAAGUCCAGAAGAGUCCAAGAAAGCUUUUUCUACAUGUGCUUCUCAUCUUACAGUUGUGCUUAUCUUCUAUGGAAGUGUAG